GCUAACAAGAUCACACAGACACAGAGCAACAUGUCUCUGCUCACCCAGACAAGGAACAUGUCUCAGCUCACACAGCCAGAGAGCGACAUGCUUCUGCUCACACAGACAUGGAGCAACAUACCUCUGCUUCAGGGAAUCUGGAACUGCAUCCUACAGUAUGAGACCUGGUUAAGGUCCCCGAUUUUCCCGGUACUGUUUUCACUGUCAGUCUACUUAAGUUUCUGUUCACCCUUUGUGCUUCUGGACCUCCUGUUCUCCAGAGUGAAGCUGGUGAGGAGAUAUAAAAUACAGCAGAAACCAGUGACCUUGAGGAUGAUGUGGAACUGUCUGGCUCUCUCCCUCUACAAUCACAUGGUGUACAUCUUCCCACUGAGCGUGCUGCACUGGUACUGGAGACCUGUCAUCUACCCAGCAGAGGCUCCUGAUUUUCUUGAAGUCAUUGGACAUUUGGUGAGCUGUUUGCUCCUCUUUGAUUUCCAGUACUUCAUCUGGCAUUUGCUGCAUCACAAGGUGCCGUGGCUUUACCGCACAUUCCACAAAGUGCACCAUAAGCACACAUCCACGUUUGCUCUAACUACAGAGUACUCAGGAGCUUGGGAGACGCUGUCGCUUGGACUCUUUGCAGCAAUGAACCCCAUGCUGCUGGGCUGCCACCCAUUCACUGAGAUGCUCUUUCAUAUCCUAAACAUGUGGCUGUCAGUUGAGGACCACUGUGGGUAUGAUCUGCCCUGGGCCACACACAGACUUGUUCCUUUCAGACUGUAUGGAGGUGCUCCACAUCAUGACCUUCAUCACCAAAAGUUCAAGGCUAACUACGCUCCAUACUUUACUCACUGGGACAAGCUGUUUGGGACACUUCACUCAGAGUGAACAGAAAAAGGAGGACUUUCAGUUCACAGUAAUAUUUUGCAUCAAAAGGAUCGCAGGGGCUUUUUAUUUGAUUCAGUGAAUCUAUAAUUUGAAUUUAAUUUUUUGUAUUGUGUAUCUAAAAUGUUAACACUAUUUAAUGUAAAUAGCAAGUUAAGAAAGAUGUAUUUUUGUUUGAAUGUAGUUAACUAUUUGUUAUGAAUAUAUAUGAACUUUAAUUUAUAUUUUAUUAUAUGAAAGGUUUUGCUUGUUGACCAAGAACAAAAUACCACAAUUUCACUACAAUAAAUUAUUCUUCAAAC